AUGGGGGCAGGGCUGGCUCAGUCUGGGUCGGCCCUGUGGGCUCGGUGUGGGCAGGUGCCGAACUGGGGCCUUGCUGGGCAGUGGGGGCCAUGGAGGGAAAGAGGCCAGAGCUCCCGGGGGAGGGGAAGCUGCCGCCUGCCUCCGGCAGCCUCGGGUGACCAGCUGGCUCACGUGGCUCAGGUGAACGUGUCCUUCUCGCUGUCACUGGAGCUGCUCUCCUAUCAGAAGCUGCCGGCUGACCAGAUGCUGCCCGGGGUGGACAUUCAGCAGCACGCCAGCGGGGAGAAGGAGAUGGUGUUCACUCAGAACCUGCUCCUGGAGCACGCCAACCAGACCACUCAGGGCCUGGUCUGCCCCGGAAGAGGCCUUUCCCUGGAGAGAGGAGGGUCAUCCUUCCUUACCUGUCUCAGCACAGAACCAGGCCAGCAGGAGCCAGACAAGGACCCUGCGGCCUUCAGGGUAUCUCCAAACAGCAGGCUGCUGGAGGCACAACUGGUCAACGGGCCCCCAAAUACCAUCACCCUUGGGUCCCAGGCCCCCUUCCUAACCUCAUCGCCCCCCCCCACUCCCCAUAGGAGUAGUGAGCUAUGGGAGUCCAGGCUGGUGGUGGAAAUUGUGCUCAGUGAGAAGGCCUGCACCCUGCAGCUCUGGGACCAAAGCUCCACCAGCUCUGAGGUUCUUGCCUGCACCCCAGCCCUAGUCUCCCAGAAUUAG